AUGGGCUCUCUUCAUAUUGAACCCUCACCCUCCCCUGCCUUCUCUUCUGUGCGCUCAGCACUGGCCCAGAACAACAACAAAAUCAUCCUCUGUGAAACUCAUGAUGGCACCUCAACAGAGAUCAUCAGAGCAACCGUUGGCAAGAAUGGCCAGAAGUUCGACGGCAUCUGGUACAGCGGUCUCUGUCAGACUACCUACCUAGGUAUUCCAGACAGUGAGACGCUCUCCCCUCUUCAGCGGGCAUCACUCCUCGCUCUUGACGGGGAGCUUAAGCGAAAAACAUGCAACCGUUCCCUCUGCGCAGCUUUUGACGCAGAUAGUGGUGGUGAUAUUGCAGACAUCCCUGCCCUGGUGGCACUCAUGAACCUUGUCGGCGUCGGCAUGGUUGUCAUCGAGGACAAGGCCGUUUUAGCCCCAGGCCAAAAGGUCAACUCGCUUGCAGCGUCAUCGGCUUCACAGGCCUUGGCUGAUCCUCACGAAUUCGCAGAAGUAAUCCGCGCUUUCAAAGAGGUGAAUGCAAAGGCAAAGGGCGGUCCCAUGAUCACCGCCCGUAUUGAAUCCUUCUGCUGUCGUGUCUCCAAGGCAGAUGCAGAAGAGGAAAGCAGGUCUUACGAGGCUGCGCAUCAAGAUGCCCUCAAGCGAGCCAAGAUCUACCACGAGGCGGGUGUCGACGCUAUUAUGAUCCACUCCAAGAGUAAAUCUCCUCAUGAGGUGACCCGGUUCUUGCGCGAGUACCGCGAGUACGACUCCCAGACACCUCUUGUUGUCGUUCCCACUACAUACUCGGAGAUACCCAAGGAUGCUCUGUACGAAGCAGGCGCCAACGUUAUCAUCUAUGCCAACCACCUGAUGCGCGCCAAGAUCAGCGCCGUCGGCUCUAUCUCUGACAAGAUCCUAGCCAAGAACCUGGACCUGUUCUACAACGACGCCGAGAUACGAGCAAUGAUUCAGGCGCGUAACUACGGCUGCCUUCUCAGAAAGCUUCGGAGCCGUAGUGUCUGGGGUGAGGAGAGCAAUGAGGCCAGGAUGUACAGGAUUGUUGCGGAAGCGACAGCCUCGGAGAACAUUCAGGCUACUGUGAUCGACUUGCUAGAGGGGAAGCUGGCCGGGUGCGAGGCAGACACACGCAUUGUCAGCGUCAAGGAACUUCUCAAGAUCAACGCGAAGCAGGUGGUUCCUGUUGCGGAGCUUGUCACCCAGGUAGAUGUUUACUAG